AUUAUUUUGAUGGAUUUGUAGCGGCAAAAAGAAAGGGAGAAUAUAAUAACAAUGAGAGUAACCCAAAGAUCAUCAUCUCUCUUUGCAGAAGAAAUUAGCUGUGAGGUUGAAGACGAUUACAGCAAAGAUGGAAGCGUAGAUUUGAAAGGCAAUCCCGUCCGUCGCUCCCACAGAGGCCGUUGGUCGGCCUGCUUCUUCAUCAUCGUUUACGAAGUAUUCGAGCGCACUGCAUACUACGGCAUCUCCUCCAAUCUUAUUUCCUACUUGACGGAUAAGCUCCAUCAAGGAACUGUCCAAGCCUCUAACAAUGUCACCAACUGGACUGCAACUGUUUGGAUCACUCCCAUCCUUGGCGCUUACAUUGCUGACGCCCAUCUCGGCCGUUACCGCACCUUCAUCGUCGCCUCCCUCGUCUGCCUAAUUGGAAUGUCUCUUCUAACACUGGCAGUGUCCAUGCCAAGCUUGAAGCCCCCUCCAUGUUUGGACACGAAUAAAGAAAAUUGCAAGCAGGCCUCCAGGCUACAUCUUGCCAUCUUCUUCACCGCACUCUAUAUAUUGGCUCUCGGCACGGGCGGAACCAAACCAAACAUCUCCACAAUCGGAGCCGAUCAAUUUGACGACUUCCAUCCCGGAGAGAAGGCCCAGAAGCUAUCCUUCUUCAACUGGUGGAUGUUCAGCAUCUUUUUUGGCACUCUCUUUGCCACCACCACUCUUGUUUACAUACAAGAGAAUGUGGGGUGGAGCUUGGGAUACGGCAUUCCCACUGUAGGCCUUGCAAUAGCCAUUCUCAUAUUUGCUGCUGGCACACCCUUUUACAGGCACAAACUCCCCACUGGAAGCCCUUUCAUCAGGAUGGCUAAAGUCAUUGUAGCUACUGCUUGGAAUUGGAGGCAGGAUAUUCCUGAUGACUCUAGGCAACUCUAUGAGCUUCAGCUUGAGGAGUAUAGUAAGCAAGGAACUUUCAGGAUUGAUUCCACUCCAUCCUUAAGGUUCCUCAACAAAGCUGCCAUAAGAACAGGCUCAACUCAUUCAUGGAAGCUAUGCACAGUGACCCAAGUGGAGGAAACAAAACAGAUGUUGAGAAUGAUCCCAAUUCUGAUAUGCACAUUCAUUCCAAGCACAAUGUUGCCACAGGCGCAGACCCUUUUCAUCAAGCAAGGCAGGACGCUAAAUCGAAGUGUUGGUAGCCAAUUUCAAAUCCCUCCUGCAAGUUUAACUGCUUUUGUAACCAUCUCCAUGCUAAUCAGUGUCAUCAUCUACGACAGGUUCUUUGUCAAGAUAAUGCAGAAACUAACUAACAAUCCAAGAGGAAUCACACUGCUACAAAGAAUGGGAAUUGGGAUGAUUCUCCAUAUCUUGAUAAUGACAAUUGCAUCUUUGGUUGAAAGGCAUAGACUUCAUGUUGCUAGAAAAAAUGGGUUGGAAAAAAAUGAAGAACAACUCUCACUGACCAUUUUCACUCUCCUCCCUCAGUUCAUGCUUGUGGGAGUUGCUGAUGCAUUUUCAGAAGUAGCAAAGAUUGAAUUCUUCUAUGAUCAAGCACCAGAAAACAUGAAGAGUUUAGGCACUUCGUAUUCGAUGACUUCGCUCGGAAUCGGAAACUUCCUAAGUAGUUUUCUUCUUUCAACAGUUUCUCACAUUACAAAGAAACAUGGGAAUGGGAAUGGGAAUGGAUGGAUUGAGAACAACCUAAACGUUUCUCAUCUUGACUACUACUAUGCGUUUUUGGCAGUGCUUUGUGCCAUCAACUUCUUCUUCUUUUUGGUCAUGUCCAAAAUGUAUGAGUACAAAGCAGAAGUAUCUGAUUCAAUAAAAGUGUUGAGUGACAAACUUAAGGCCUCCAACAUAAACGAAAAACCAGCUAUGAUGAGAGGCAGAGCUGAUGAAGGAAGAGGGCACUUGCCCCCCUUUAAUUUGUUGUAGAUUAAAAAUUUUAGCUAGAAAAACAGAGGUUAUAGUUUUCCCUGGCCUUGACACCUUUCAAAUUUGGGAAUGUAAAGACUAUAGGAAUAUAUCUUUUUUCUUGACAAUGUAAAGUUUUAAAUACUA